AUGUUGAACCCCAAGACACUCGUUAGCGUCUUGGCUUGCCUCUGCGGCGCUGUCCAUGCUUCACCCUGCCAGCCAAAACCUCCCUCCACCUCGACGACUGCCCUCCCUACCAGCAGCAGCACCAGCACCACUGCCAGUCCUACCACUACUACGAGCCCGACCAGCACCACUGUGGCCCCGACCAGCACCACAACCACUGCAGCAACAUGCCCUACUCCCUCCAGCUGCAAUAACCUCGGCUUCGGCUGGGCAUACUUCAACAACCCGGCCGUGAACAACGACGCUACCUAUUCCAGCUUCGACCCUGCUUCAUUCAAGUCAGACAACCCCAUCUACGUCAGCACCACCAACCAGCUCGGUGGCCUUUUCCAGAGCAGCUCUGGCGGCGGAAACGGAGCUGUCGGCUCUAUCUACGGAUCCUCUCAACAGUUUCCCCUGAGCUACUUUGCUCUCAACCAGCGCGGUUACCUUUUUACUUGCGACGCAGGCACAUACACCUUCAGCUUCCCUUACGCGGACGACGCUAUUUAUUUUUGGAUCGGCGCAAAGGCAUACUCUGGAUGGACCAAGGGCAACGCCGAUGCUAAUGCCGAGUACAACCCGCUUACCAGCACUCCUGGGAGCACUACCUUUUCAGUUGCUCUUCCAGGUCAGGUGUACAUUCCCGUUCGGUUGGUGUAUGGAGAGGCCAACUAUAGCGGUGGCUUCAAGUUCAGCAUCACUUCUCCAAGCAUCCCACAGAUCGUAAUCGUUGGUGCUGGUCCAUCCGGGUUGCUCCUCGCUCUCCUCCUCGCCCAGCAGAACAUAUCCUCGACCGUUCUUGAAUCCUGGCCUGAACUCGAUACGCGUUUACGUGCAACACAGUAUGGCGUACCAGCCACGCGAGUAUUCCGCCGCGCCGGUAUUCUGGACGACGUUCGCGCAGCCAGUAUCUCCAAAUUCCCCAGCAUCUGCUGGAGAAGAGUCUCAGAUCACAAGAAGCUGAUUGAUCUUGAUCUUUCACUUGUCGAGGAUCGUCCUGACCGCAUGACGAUAUUUCCGCUCGGCGAAAUGAUCAAAAUCAUGUAUCGGCAUUGCAUGGAGAGAGGGAGAGGACUGAUUGAAGUCAAAUUCAAUCACGAAGUCACGAGUGUUGGUCAGGAUGAGAACACCGCUUGGGUUGACGUGGACAUCAAGGGCUCAGGGUCCACCGAGCGGGCUAGAUUCAGUGCUGAUUACGUCGUUGGGUGCGAUGGUGCAUCAAGUGCCGUGAGACACUCGCUAUUUGGAAGGACCUGGCCAGGCCAAACACUUCCCUACCGAUUCGUUGUUCAAAACGUCUUCUACGAUGGCUUCGAAGACUACAACUGGGACGGAGGAAACUACAUGAUCGACCCCGACCACUGUGGUCUCAUAGCCCACAGAGGAAAAGGAGGUCUGUGGCGCGUCACUUACGGCGAUCCAGUGCUAGGUCUCACCGACGAGGAAUACCUCAACCGCCGACCAACACAUAUGAAGGCUAUGCUCCCAGGCCACCCAGACCCAACCCAGUACCGGAUUGAACAAACGAACCUAUACAACAUUCACAAUCGCUGUGCAGAUACGUUCAAAGUCGGGCGUGUUAUUCUUGCAGGCGAUGCAGCUCAUGUCUGUAAUCCAAUGGGCGGAUACGGAUGCAUGUCUGCGGUGCUGGACGUAGGUGGUCUCGCGGAGUGCUUUUCGGGGUAUUUUCACGGUAUGGCUGGUGAAGAGAUCCUCGAGAAGUAUGCUCAAGUCAGACGGGAUAUCUUUUUGAAGUACGUGGACCCGAGAUCGAUUAAGAAUCUCAAUCGGGUGGCCAAGUCUGAUCCACAGACUGUGUUGGAGACGGAUAAGUUCUUUGGGAUCUUGAAAGAUCUGCAGAAAGACGAUAACUCGAUGAGAGAGUUUCUUCUUAAAGUAUCGAGCAUUGAGCAUGACUUUACUCAGCACUACCGACAGAAAUUGGACACAGGCCUAUAG